GUGCUGUCACAUGGUUUGUGUUUGCGAGCCCGGGCGAACGACACCAAGAAAAGAAAAGGGGGAAAAAAAAAAAGAGACAAAGCUUGCGUGCCGCUCUCUUCCUCUUUUUCAAACUCUCAGCGAGCGUUGAGCGCGGCUGGCUGUUAUGGAAAUUCCUGCCAUCAAUCUGAAGGCCAUCGUUUUGGUGCACUGGCUGCUGACAGUUUGGGGCUGCAUGGCGUGGCUGCCCACCUCCUUCGCCUGGGGCAACUUCAGCGUCCUGGCGGUGGGCGUGUGGGCCAUCGCCCACAGGGACUCGGUCGACGCCGUGCUGAUGUUUCUGAUCGGGAUGGCGGUGACCAUCCUGACCGACAUGGUCCACUUCGGCAUCUAUUACUCGCUGAGCGAGCUGGCGUCGCAAAACGGCCGCGACGUGUUCCGCUUCAGCGCCGGCAUGGCCAUCCUCAGCCUGCUGCUCAAGCCCGCCUCCUGCUUCUUCGUCUACCAGAUGUACCGCGAGCGAGGAGGAGAUUACAACGUCAACUUUGACUUAGAGACCUCAGUGGACAGUCGCUGCACGACGGACAGUGCCGACAGUGCAUUUAUCGGCCGCCGCUAUUGACCCCCCCCCAUCCUACACCCCCACCCCGCAUACCCGCUUUUUCCCCCUCUGCCUACCUUGCAUUCCCCCCCCCCCCUGCACAGGAAGUGAGCUCAUGAAAAGGGAAGAACAACGAGGACACUUUUUUAUGUAUUUUUGUUUUGUAUUUAUAAGCGUGUGCGUGUUUGUCCCCUUACGCCUCGUUUGGGCUUGUUCUCAUAUACAUAUUUGCAUGUCUGUGUUAUUUAAAAUCUAGAUGCCUCGUGUAGGUUUCUGUGAGUUUUUGCAUGAUAACAAUCAUCAUCAUAACGCGGUGAUACCUUGAGAUAAGAGCCAUUGUUUGUUUGUUUUUGUUUGUUUGUUGUUGUUGUUGUUUUUUGGACUUGGAAGCGCUGUACGGUGUCAGCGAACGCAACGCACUUCAAAGCUGUCGUCAUUAUGGCAGACAUAGAAGCACUUUUUUAAAAAGAGGCUACAUGGAGUUUUUUGCCAUUCCCACUUGAGAUUGAAAUCAUUCAAAUUAAACAAAAAAAAUCACAACAUUAUAAUACAUUCAUAAAAAUAUGGACACUGGACAGGAACAAAUGCAAGUAAACAGCAACGUUUAGCUUGAUUUUCUUCACCCUGUAGUCAAAAAGAACACAGCAAAGAUAGCAAAGCAGCCGGAUCACGAGACGCUCACUGUGAUGCCUAAUGCCUAGCGGUGUCGCCCCAAAAUCACCUGUUUUUUGAAUUUUCACGGUAGUUGACGUUUAUGAAACUGCAGUAAGGAACAUUCAGCUUGUGUAGAGUGUGUGAUUAGCCAACUCAAGUGGACAAACAGAAUAAAUGCACCUCUCUAAAUGUAUAUCAAUAACACAAUAAAUAAUUGGACCCUACUCAGUUUCAUUUGGGUUUUCUGGAAUGUUCAUAGUAACAUAAUAAUAAGAGAGUACUGUUUAACGAUACUCACGAACAUAUAUUCCUUAUCCUCAGUUAAGACCGAGAGCAGCCGACUGAGAAGUUCUGACCAACUCCACGCGCAGGACAGCCUCGGUUCUCGAACGUCCCCGUUCUCGAACAAAUCGGUUUUUCGAACGGAAAUUUCGAGAUGUUUUUUUUUUGCUUCCGUUUUCGAACGAAAAUCGGUACUUGAACGCCCCCAACAAAACUCGGAAAUCACAAAACGGCUGACCCACAACACGCUUGGUUGCGAAUUCCCACCCCGCCGAAAAAACCCGGAAAUAACAGAACGCGCGCGGCCCGACCAGCUGACCCACCCACGACGCGUUUUGUUCCUGUCAAAUCGAACGAACCCCCGAAAAAAACCCGGAAUUAACAUUACUCGCGCAGGGGUUUAUUCGGUUCUCGAACAAAUCGGUUUUCGAACCGUCUUCUAGAACGGAUUGCGUUCAAGAAACGAGGCGCUGCUGUAUCUGAAUGUGGGUACUUUGCUGCCCUCAGGUGGGCACGGCAUAUACCAAAGAAGGAUUAGUCACGAAGGGUUAAUCAAUCGUGUCUCAUGGCACCGCUGAGGAUAAUCUCUCACUCCACUGUGAACAGUUGAACAUUUCGGAAUCAACGUGAUCAACGUCUCACAUUGUCUACAGGUGAUGAUUUCCAAGCUCAUCAUGACAAAUUUGUCCGUGUGAUCGAUACAAGAAAAACUCACAGCCUGUAAAACCGCGACAUCAAAUUUAGCCAUGAAACCAACAUCAAAUCUCGUCUUUGUAAUUAAUCAUCAACAAGCCGCGGAUAUGAUGAAGGCAGGACGGUUCCAAUUUUCAUCCUCGGACGGGGAAAUUACACUUCACUCGUGACUCCCACGGGCAAAAUCAAAACAUUCCUAAAAUAGAAGUCAACAAAACGGUGAAAAAAAAAAAAUGUGAUACGUCGCCCGUCGAAAGCCAUCGUGGCGACUUUGUGGAGUCUGAAGCGUGCGCGCUGACAACAAUGUGGCAGGAGAUGACAAUUUGAGUCAUAAAAACAUGAAAGACACUUACUGUAUGUGUCGAGCAUUUUCGAUCAAACACCAAACAAACUUCGACUCUAAUUUAGUUGAGAAAUGUGACCCAGUACGAGGUCUCGACAGUACCGAUUUCGUUUCUGGUGUGUGGGAAAGGACUCAAACCAUACAUGGAAGACAGAUAAAGACAUCAUACAUGUAUUAAUAGAGGCGGAAACUGCUUAGAGCACAGGUGUCAAACUCAAGGCCCGGGGGCCAGAUCUGGCCCGCCACGUGAUUUUAGGUGGCCCGUGAAGGCAAAUCGUGUGUUAACUUCCAUCAUUCUUGCUAAAAAUCUGUGCCAAAAUUUCAUAUAUAAAUAUGAUGAGGUGAUUAAAAAGACUUUUAUGGUUUCACAGUCAUAAUGGCCCUCUAGUGGAAAUCGUAACUACAAUGUGGCCCGCGACAAAAAAGGAGGUCAACACCCCUGGG